AUGGCCAAAGUCUCUCGAUGCUUUAGAGGGGGUGUGUCAGGCAAGGAGGAUCUUGUAGCGGCGCAGCACGUUCACGUGAACUUUUUUUUCUCCAUUCUCGCUCUACUCGAUUUCCCUUCCCGUGACUCAUACGACCGAUAUCGAACAUUCGACCAUUCGCCAAACGUAGUCAACCCGUUUCACGACCGAAGCCGACUCUAUUAUAUUUAA